CAUCACCUAAUCUUCUUCUCCUCCUCUUCUCGCGCACCGGUCGUCUCAGCAGCCAGCGCACACACACACAUGGACGCGAGCCAGGGAGUCCUCCUGUCCAGCAACGUCUCCAGGCCGUGGCCGGAGCUGCUCGGCUCGGCGAACUGGGAUGGCCUCCUCGACCCGCUCGACCUUACGCUGCGCCGCCUCAUCCUGCUCUGCGGCGACCUCUGCCAGGUCACCUACGACUCCUUCAACUCCGACUCCCACUCCAAGUACUGCGGCACCUGCCGCUUCUCCAGGGCCACGCUCUUCGCCCGCACGCAGUUCCCGGCGGCCGGCGACCUCUCCGUCGCCGCGAACCUGUACGCCACCUCCCAGGCCACGUCGUUCCCGGGGAGCAUGGUGUACUCGCUCUCGCGCGAGGCGUGGAGCAAGGAGUCCAACUGGAUCGGGUACGUCGCCGUGUCCAACGACGCCGCCGCGGCGGCCGCGGGGCAGCGCGUCAUCUACGUCGUGUGGCGGGGGACCAUCCGGUCGCUGGAAUGGGUCGACGUGCUCAAGCCGGACCUGGUCGACCACGACGGCAUACUGCCGGAGGGGCACCAGGCCCGCGGCCGGUCCCGCGUCAUGAAGGGGUGGUACCUCAUCUACACGUCCACCGACGAGCGCUCGCCCUUCUCCAAGUACAGCGCCCGCGACCAGAUGCUGGCCGCCGUGCGCGAGCUGGUGGCCAGGUAUAGGGACGAGAGCCUCAGCAUCGUCUGCACGGGCCACAGCCUCGGCGCGUCGCUCGCCACGCUCUGCGCGUUCGACAUCGUCGUCAACGGCGUGUCCAAGCUCCGCGACGGCGCGCACGUCCCCGUCGCGGCCGUCGUGUUCGGGAGCCCGCAGAUCGGGAACCCGGAGUUCAAGAAGCAGUUCGAGCAGCAACCCAACCUGCGCGCGCUGCACGUCAGGAACAUGCCCGACCUCAUCCCGCUCUACCCGAGCGGCCUCCUCGGCUACGCCAACGUCGGCCAAGUCCUCGAAGUCGACUCCAAGAAGUCGCCCUACGUGAAGCACGACACCAGCCCCGGCGACUACCACAACCUGCAGGGCAUCCUGCACACGGUGGCCGGCUGGAACGGGAAGAACCGCGAGUUCAAGCUCCAGGUGAACCGCAGCGUCGCGCUGGUGAACAAGUCCAGCGGCUUCCUCAAGGACAGCAAUCUUGUGCCGGAGUCAUGGUGGGUCGAGAGGAACAAGGGCAUGGUGCUCGGCCAAAACGGGGAGUGGCAGCUCGAGGCGCCCGCAGAGGAGAACCUGCCUGUGCCACCGGUCGUGACCGGGAAGAUCGUCGACGACGACGUCGCUGCCAGCCCCACCGCGACCUCGGGCCGUACCAAGGAGGGUAAAGCCGGAGUUGCGAGAGUUGUUGAAGACCACAUCAGAAAAGACUUGAGAGCGGCGGUGUCGAAUUGAUAUGCUCGUGCAAGCAUCUAGGAAUAAACAUUAAUCCUGAAGAUGGCAUUUUUCUCGGCUUCCUUGGAAUAAAGCAAAGUUGUUUUUGCUAUGAAAAUGCACUUCUGUCAUUCUGCUUUCUGCCCUAUGUGCGCCUUGUCGUCCUUAGAUAAAAUUCUGCUUAAUAGACCCAUGUAUUAUUGUCAAGUUCACCACUUUUUCCCCUUCAGAGAAGAGUUCAAAAAUCUUCAGAUAUCUAUAUUAUUGUCACUACCAUGUCAUGUUGGCUAUCAAUAUAUGAUACUGGAAUGAUCUCUCCUGU